UCUUUUGUUGUCGCCGGGGCUCUUGGCCCCCGUCACGAUCGCGUGCGACAACAACGUUGUCGGGCCCGGCAUCGUCGAGAAUGCUAUCGACACAAAUCGCGCCGCUCUGUUUGCGCCAGUCUUUAUGCCAUGUAAAUAGUACCUCUGCUAAUAAUCAUCUGGUUGUGAGCAGUUCCUUGAGCCGAGGAGCAAUGAACUCUCACGCAGACGACGUCUCGCACCGAGAUCGCGAGUCCGCCGAGCGGCACCAUCGUGAGCCCUACCCAGCGGGCACGCCUCAUCAUAGCAAUACCGCGUCCCUCCAAAUCCACCAACCCGUUGCGUCGCGUAUUUCUGGUGUCAUUCAUAGUCCGAAUGGUCUUCUAGCAAAUCAUGGCGCCUCUGGCCCUCCCAUCCCUCUCGGCGCACCACCGGGAUCGGUGAAUGCCUUUGGAGGGCCGCUACCAAACGACGCGAAUCGACCCCACCAACAUAAUGCCCAGAAUGCCUCAAAUCAAAUGUUUGGUGCCAUCGGCGGCCCUGCUUCCGGCCCUUCGGGGCCUGCCAGUGGUGGUCCGGUCUUCGGUGGUCCGCUACAACAAGAGAGCGGUCGCCCAGGCCAGAGCAUACCCUUUGGAGCUGGCGGCGGCGGCAGCGGCGGUGGUGGUGCGGCGGCAGCCAUGGCCACCUCGAACCCGUCUAUCACCGCUGGUAACGCUGGCACCAACAACGGUGCAAUGCAACAACAGGGACAACAGCCCAUUCUUAAUGAUGCUCUUAGCUACCUUGACCAGGUCAAAGUACAGUUUGCCGAUCAGCCAGACGUGUACAAUAGGUUUUUAGAUAUCAUGAAAGAUUUCAAAAGUCAGACCAUUGACACGCCGGGCGUAAUCAAUCGCGUCUCCGAGCUUUUCGCUGGCCACCCCACUCUCAUCCAAGGCUUCAACACAUUUCUGCCGCCCGGUUACAGAAUCGAAUGCGGUGCUGGAAACGACCCCAAUACCAUCCGAGUCACCACGCCAAUGGGCACUACCGUCCAGUCCAUUACAGGCAGAGCAAAUCAAGCCGACGGCACGCACGGGCAGUCUGGCCCAAGUGCAUUCUUCAACCACAGAAACAAUAACUGGCAGCAGUCCCAACCGCACAAUAGCAUCGAAAGCCCCGAAGCCCAGUUUAGCGCCCCAGCAACGAAUGGAGCAAACAUUGUUGGAUCUGCCCACCGCGAGCCUAUUCCCUUCGAUACGCCUGCCGCAAGUGCAGUGCAACACCAACAGCGACCGAGUGCACAAGUACAGAACAACGCAACGACUCCAAACCAGCAGCCAACCGGCCGUAACGCCUUGACGCCUACACCGAUUCCAUCCGGUGCGCAAAACGGAAACAACAACCAGCAGGCCAACAUGGAAAAGCGCGGGCCAGUCGAGUUCAACCAUGCCAUUAGCUAUGUAAACAAAAUCAAGAACCGUUACCAGGACAAGCCCGAAAUCUACAAACAAUUCCUUGAAAUCCUCCAGACCUACCAACGCGAGUCCAAACCAAUCCAAGAGGUCUACGCUCAGGUGACCAGCCUCUUUAACGCAGCUCCCGAUCUGCUUGAAGACUUCAAGCAGUUUCUCCCCGAGUCGGCCGCAUCGAAUAAGAAUGGUACACGAGCUGACGAGAUGCUCGCCAUGACCGGUCUCACGCAGACCACGCCUCAGCCUGCGCAUACCACCAAAGACAACCAGAAGAUGCCUCCCGUAGGAAAUUUUGCACCUCCUCCGAGUGCUACCAAGGACAAUAAGAAACGGCCUCGGAACGACAAAUUGCCACAACCGAACACUUCCACCACGGUGAUCGACAGCCCAGCUCUCGCAACUCGUUCAAUUCCACCCGUUGGUCCUGCCACCAAGCGCGCCAAACUAAACCACAAACCGCUUGCAACUGACGUUCCCACCAUUGAACCAACUCUGACUCCUAUCCUUCCUAGCCCGCUUCCUCCAACAUCCUCGGCAAAUGCUACACAGGAAGAGAUUGGCUUCUUCGAUAAGGUAAAAAAGUACAUCGGUAAUAGAUCGACAAUGAACGAGUUCUUGAAGCUGUGUAAUAUGUAUUCCCAAAGCCUUAUUGACACAAAUGAUCUCGUCCACAAGGCGAGCCAGUUUAUCGGCGGCAACCCGGAACUCAUGAGCUUCUUCAAGACCUUUGUUGGGUACGAAGGCCUUGAAGAGCUGAUAGAGAAUCGUCCCCGUCCUCCUUCAGGCAAAGUCUCUUUGAGCAACUGUCGUGGAGUGGGACCUAGUUACCGCUUGCUCCCCAGACGAGAAAAACUCAAACCUUGUGGUGGCAGGGAUGAGAUGUGCAAUGCAGUUCUCAACGAUGAAUGGGCUUCUCACCCAACCUGGGCAUCUGAAGACUCAGGUUUUGUCGCUCACCGUAAAAAUGCGUUUGAAGAGGGUCUUCAUCGCAUUGAAGAAGAAAGACAUGACUAUGACUUUCACAUUGAGGCGAAUACCAAGUGCAUUCAGCUCCUUGAGCCUAUCGCUCAGCAAAUGUUGAACCUUACGCCCCAUGAGCGAGAAGCAUUCCAGAUGCCGCCAGGCCUCGGAGGCUCUAGCACUUCAAUUUACAAGCGUGUGCUCAAGAAGAUUUACGGACCAGAAAAAGGUGCCGAAGUCGUCAACGAAAUGUUCAAUGACCCUUUCGCUGUUGUGCCUGUGGUCUUGGCUCGACUCAAACAGAAAGACGAAGAGUGGAGGUUUACUCAACGUGAAUGGGAGAAGGUUUGGCAAACUCAGACCGAAGUCAUGCACCUCAAAAGUCUUGACCACAUGGGUAUUCAAGUCAAACAGAACGACAAGCGAAGUUUGUCCGCGAAGCAUCUCGUAGAUAUUAUUAAGACGAAGCAUGAAGAGCAAAGGCGACUACGGAGCACCAAGGACCAAGUCCCGCGAUAUCAGUAUGCAUAUGAUCUCAGCGACGAGGAUGUUCUGCUUUCUUUGGUACGCUUUAUGGUGCUCUACGGUAUGAACAACGGACACCAUAGCACUGCUGAGAAGGAACGGAUUGUUGACUUUUUUGAGUCCUUCAUUCCGCAAUUCUUCGAGCUUUCUGAAGAGAAAGUGCAAGAUCGUCUGAGUGAUAUCGAUCGCGAUUCUGGAGAAGAGGAUGUCGAGGAUCAGCUUCCUGCUGAACUGACUAACGGUCGUUCUCGGCGGAAUGGCAAGAGGUCGGAUCUACUUCGUGGAGUCUUGGAUCCUGGUCGUAACGCAACCAAACCACGUGCUCGGAAGGAAGAGAGUGCAGCUUCUGGCAGCAAAGAGACGACUCCCGAUGUUGGCUCAGCUAAUGAGGAGGAAAUGGUAGACGCACCAGAAGACACUGCGCCUUCAGAUCUAUCAAAUGAGCGAUGGCUCCCCACGAUCCCCCGCGCGACAGUCAUCAAGGGUGAUAGUUCCUUGCUUGAUGCCGAUGGUGACUUGAAGGCCGACGGCUUUUUCCCGCGCCCUUGGUAUAACUUCUUUUGCAAUCAAACCAUCUAUGUCUUCUUUAGCGUCUUCCAGACUAUAUACAAACGUCUCAAGGAAGUCAAGGAGAGCAAAGAAAGCGUUUUGACGGCCAUCACUCGCUUGAAGAGUAAGAAGCCUGCAAAAGAGCUAGGAAUUACCGUGAAUGAGCUCAACUAUUUCGACGAGAAUGACCAGACUUCUUUCUGGCCAAAAACUGUUGAGCUGAUCGAAGAUUACAUCACCGGCGAUAUUGACGAGAACCGGUAUCAAGAAGUCUUACGUCAUUACUACCUUAAGAAGGGUUGGAAGCUGUAUACGAUUCUUGACCUUCUCAAGACCCUUUGUCGCCUCUCCCUUACUUGCACAAGUUCUGAUGCUAAAGAGAAGACGCCAGACCUCAUUCAACAAUUCCUGAACAGCCGCCAACAGGAAGAAACCAGCUACCAGACAGAGAUCAGUGCCCGAAAGUUCGCUGAAAAGUGUAUCAAGGACGGAGAUAUGUUCGUCAUCUGUUGGUUUCCCAACAAACGGGAGGCUACAGUCCGCUGGUUGCAGAAGGACGAGACUACCUUUUACAUGGACGAAAUGGAGCGCCGUGAGAGAUGGCAGUACUACAUUUCUUCGUAUAUCCGAGUUGAACCUACCGAGGGCGUCCCCAGGAACCGCCUGCGGAAGACGGUUCUUGCUCGUAACCUACCAUCAAGUGAUGCAGAUUCCGACGAUGGCAAUGCACCGAAACCCUUGAAGUAUGACGAAGGGUUAAUCUUGCGCAUCUGCCUCAAUUCGAACAAGAUAGUGUGGGAGAAGGACACUUCCGAGCACUUCAUCUACAAUCUCUCACCCGAGAACGAAGAAGAGAAGAAGAAAGCAGAGGAACGGGCACAAGCGGUCACGGAACACCGAAAGCAGCUCUUCCGAGAGAAGAUGUUCAUGAACAACGCUUGGAUGCGUGGACUGAGACAAGACGAAGUCCAGAAAGUCAACGAAAAGUUCUCGAAGUGGUUCAAUGACGGUGUGUCGCCCACUUCGAAUGUUCGAGGAGGAGGAGGGGAGGCGGAUGAGAUGCAAGGCGCGUGAAUGAUACCCCCAUGCUGUUACAUCAAACAACCUCUCUCUUGAGAUGAUGCUAGCUAGCCAUGCUCGGGCUAGAAUUACCUACCUGGUCC